GCAGAGGAUGCUGGGAAAGCUGUCGUGUUGGAACCAAAAUGGCCGACGUCAGUCGACAGGAAAAAUUGGCCUCAGCCAGAAAAAAGCUGAAACAGUUCCAACAGAGGAAAACACCAAGCAACUCUCCAGCUCAGAAGAAUAAGAAGUCUGAAAAGAACGGCAGGAGACAGUUACUGACAGACAACCACUCUCCACAGCCGGAGAACGGACCUCUGAACAACAGUCCCAAUACACCAGCACAAGUGCCUGCUACACCAGAAGAAGUAGAAGAUCACAACAGCAGUGCAGCCAACUCUGUGUUUGACGGGCCUGCCUCCCUUGAACAUUCUAAUGACAUAGAUGCCAUUCAUGAAGGAGUAGAAAAUAACAACAAGUAUCAAAGGGUGGUGAGAACCAGUAGUGUGAUAGAGGUCACCAAUACAAACAACACUAGCAGCAGCACACCAACCAAUCAGAGCAGUCCACACAGACCGACGUCUUCCACAGAGAGCCUUCGUCAGAUCUCCAUGCAGCUGAACGGGCUGGUAUCAGAGGUUCAAAGACUGACAUACCCCCCUGAGUUGGUCAGAAUGGUGGGGUCCGAACGGAGUCUAACAAAUGGGGAGGAUGCUGAAAUUGAGACGUUCUCCAACCCUGGUGGUGUUACUGAACUGCAGACUAGAAAUCUGGAGUUAGCUGCAAACAUAGAGACGACCAGACAGACCAACCAACAGUUGACAAUACAGCUGCAAGAACUGAAAAGUCAGAAUACCCGGCUGCAGCAGGAGUUAGAACAGGUUCAGUCCAACUGUCGGGAACAGAGUCAGAAGGAGGUGGUGUCACUAAGAGAACAACUUCAGGUCCACAUCCAGACUAUAGGCAUCCUGGUAGCAGAGAAGUCAGAACUACAAACCCAGCUGUCUCACACACAUAAUGCUGCUAGACAAAAAUCCAAUGAAGCAGAAGAUUACAAGAGCAGGUUGCAGGCUUCCCGACAGAGACUUGCUGACUUGGAGAGAGAAGCAACAAGUACAGCAAACUACAGUAGACAAUAUGAAAAGGCUAACAAGCUACUUGAAAAGGAGAAAGACGACUUGAAAAUGGAAGUGUAUAAAUUAAAUCGUGCCAAAGAUGAAAUGUCACAGCAAAAUUCUGAGCUUACAGAAAGAUUACAAGCAAAGGCACAAGAGUGCUCCACUAUGGAACAGGAGGUUAGAUCCCUGCGGGGACAGCUCAGUAUGACAGAACUGCGUGUACAGCAGCUGUCCAGCCACACGGACAGCCAGGAGGUACAGCAGCACGUGGACAGGAUACAGGAGGAGAAGGCUGACCUGGAGAGGAAAGUGCUACAGUACACACAGGCAUUCCAGCAGCUGUCAGCUGAGAGAGAACAACUCACGCAGCAGUAUCAGGAGCACAGCAGCCACCUGCAGCAGCAGCUGCACCAGCUGGCCUACCAGUUGUCAUCAGUAACAGAAGAAAGAGACAGAUUGUCAUCCAGACAUCAGGAGCUGGAGUUCAGAAUAGCACAGCUAGAGGGCGCUGCAGUUGAUGAAACAGACGGGGAAAGGAAAAACAAUAGCGGGACCAAUGACAGCGGAGAAACACCGGAGGAGGAGCCAGUCAUCACCAGUAUGGAGACAGAAGAGUUGGUACAGGAGAGGGACCAAAUCCUGCAGCGCUAUCAUGAACAGGUCAACGACAAUGCACAGUUAAGUAGAUUAGUAGCUGAGAAGGAGGACAGGAUCCUGGAGCUGGAGAGUGCGUUGGCGCGGCUGGGGGAGGCGGACAUCGACCGUGACCAGCUGCUGGAGGACAUGCAGAACGACAAGGCCACCAUCAGUCGAGCCAUGGCACAGAACAAGGAACUCAAGAACCAGCUCGCUGAACUACAGACAGGAUUCAUCAAAGUGGUUCAGUCCAAAACCCAGCAGGUUCAGUCCAAAGCCCAGCAGCUGAUGCAGCAGUCUCAGCUGGCAGACAGGAUGAGACACUAUGAGGCACAGGGACAGCUGACGGAGAUGUUACAGAGAGAACUAGCUUCAGCACAGGAGACCAUCAACACCUUGUCUUCACAGAACACAGACCUGAAGAGUCAGCUGGACAGCAGGCCUGUAGCUGAGAACCCAGAUACCAGCACUGAAAACGCCACAGAUUCAGGCGAACAGUCCGAACUCCUGGACAACUCAGAUGUGGUUAGUACACUUUCUGCAGCCAUACGACAGCUGGAGAUGGAGCGGGACUCUCUGAUGGAGACAUUUGAGGACCAGAGAAGAACACAUCACCUACUGGUGGAGGAGAUGGACAAACUCAGGGAGGAACAGGAACAACGAGCCCUGACAGACGGCUACAUCCCCCAGGAGAAACAUAACCACCUGCAGGAGGCCAUGGACAAGCUGCAGGAUCGCUUCAGCGCCGUCAUGAGGGACAAGGCAGAGCUCAGCGACAAGGUGCAGGAGUUAGAACACCUCAACAUGCAGCUUAGCGGAGAGACUGAGACUAUAGGUGAAUAUAUAACCUUAUACCACUACCAGCGGGCUGCAUUACACCAGAGAGCGAGAGAGAAGGAUGAGUUCAUCACCAGACUGGCAAUAGACAGAGAAGACAUGCAGAACAAGUUGGGCCAGCUCCAGAACCUUGUCAUGCAGAUGCUAACAGAAAGGGGGCAGAGUUUCACCUUCCCCGAGGACCUGACAUUCCCUGCUGCUACCAGUUCCACCCAGUCCAGUCCGGUUCACAGGCCCGAGCAGAAAACCUUCGGCGGCAGUCUGGAGGACUCCACAUUGGAUGGGAUAGAAGAUUACGACUCUGACGAUUCCUCGGACGCCUCCUCGUACAGCGAAGACCACCGGAUCACCACGGGACCCAACAACGAGCCGGUGGAGCUUCCCGCGCAGCCGCAGGAGAUCGACACCACCGCGCGCCAGAUCAUAGACCUCAUCCAAGAGAUCAAACAGCCAGCGUCGGCAAACUUCGCCUCCCAGGUCCACAACGGACACUUCCCCAUGUGUAAAUGCUGUACAGGCAACGUCCUACUAGUCUAAACCAUUCCUAACAACCGGUAUUCAUAAAGAAGUUCACCAGGUUGUUGAAUGAUUGAAUAUCAAAGUCCGUAAUUCACAACCACUUGUUUUACAAGAGCUGAUGUUUCAAUGACCGUUUGUCUUCUCUCAUUUUGAGGUAGCCACCUUCAAAAUUUUACUGCCUUUUAUGGCUAGUACAAGACGGGGGUUCACCAGGCCUUCAUUCGGGUGAAUCACUAACUUCCAGACAGUAUUACAUUGUACCAUCGUACACUCUUUUUCGAAAGGUGUGGUGGGUUCUUAAGCAUGCAUGGGUUGUGGCUCUCCCAAACACAGG